AUGCAGCCAACGACGGAUGUGAAACGCAUGGCGCCAGCCAAACCGCCACGUCUGAAGGCCGCAAAUGCAGCUGCAGUGCGUCCGGCAAAAAAACAGUUGCAAUUUAAGAGUCCGCUGGUACGUGCAACGCCUGACGCUGCUACUGUUGUUGCCAGCAGCGAAACGAUAGCAACAACAGAGCCUGACAAAGUUAUUGCUAUGCCCGGCGACGGCCAAAGGAGCAGCAGCGGUGGCGGCAACGGGAACGUGCCAUCUACAAAAACGCGUCUCGCCCAGGGCUGUAGCAGUUUAAUGUAUGCGUGUCAACAUGGCAACAUGGGGCAAGCUCUGGAACAGAUACGCGACAAGCCCCAACUGCUGCGGCAACGCGACCGUAGCAACAAGAACGCGUUGCAUUACUGUGCCGCACAGGACGCGUCGCAGACGCGUGCAGACCUCGUGGCGGCCGCCAGCAUUGCCAUUGCAGCUCCAGAGUUGCUGGAGUCUGCCGACGAGGAUGGCUUCACGCCGCUUCACUUAGCUGUUAUUCAGGGCAAUUUGGCCAUGGUCAACUUGCUGCUAGCGAACAAAGCUGAUGUGAAUGCGGUGGACAAUGAGGGUCAUUCGGUGGUGCACUGGGCAACUGUUUGUGGUGAGGUGGAGGCUCUACGCGCUGUUCUGGCUGCAGGAGCCUGUGUGGCCAAGCCCGAUAUCAAUGGAGGCACACCGUUGCACUAUGCGGCGCAGAUGUGCGGCGCCAGCUACGAGAACAAACUGGGAAAAUCCAACUCACAUAAGCUGUCGCUGGAGAUACUGGGUAUACUGUUGGGGCAUCCACAGAGCAGCGUCGAUGUGCAGGAUAAAGAUGGAAGGCAGCCGCUUCUGUGGGCCGCUUCCGCGGGCUCUGCCAAGGCAGUCAUAGCGCUUGUCAAGGCGGGUGCACGCGUUGAAAGUGCAGAUAAGGACGGCCUCACAGCUAUUCACUGUGCUGCCUCGCGUGGUCACACCGAAUGCAUCGACACGUUAAUUGGUCUUUGCGGCGCGCCCACCGACCUCAUCGACUCCAACGGCUGCACGGCGCUGCAUUAUGCGGUGACCUUGGGUCAUGCGGAUGCCACGGCGCGUCUGCUUGACUUAGAGGCGGAUCCAAAUAGGCAGGACCGUAAGGGUCGCACACCCGCCCAUUGUGGCUGUUCCAAGGGGCAGUUCGAGACGCUGAAGCUGCUCAAAGAGCGUGGUGCCAAUCUUUGGCUGCGUAAUGCCAAGGGAGAUUUGCCCUUACAUGAGGCUGCAGGAUCAGGAAGACGCGAGUUGGUUGCUUGGCUGCUUGAUCAGAGACCCAAUCAGGUUAACACAACAAGCAACGAUGGUCGUACCCUGCUCCACAUUGCGGCGGCGUACGAUUAUACGGAUAUGUGUAAGCUGCUGUUGGACCACGGCGGUGACGUAAAUGCCAUCUAUCGGAACUCUAAGGGUAUGGUUUUGACCCCUCUCGACUGUGCGCUGCAGCGUGGUCAUCGCUCCACGGCAAAGUUUCUGCAAUCGCAGGAGGGACUGCCGGCCAGUAAGUUGCGUAUGGCGGCGCGUCGUGGUAAUCCUUUUCAUGAAGCGACCGCGGACAUGGUGCGUCCUCUGAAGUACGUAGAGAAGGAAGAACUGCACGACCUGCGCAAUUCUAAGAAGUAUGUGGUGUAUCUAAAGCGCUCUGACUCAGAUGGGGGCGAUAAUGGCGCAGAUGGGCAAUGCAGCUGCACGGAGCAAACCUAUCGCAGGGAGCACCGCAUUGAGCAUACCUGCCGCAAACACAAGCGACGACAGCUACGCCGACGCACGAGCAGCUGCGGGGAGUCGAAGAAGAAGCACGCCUGUCGCCGGGAAUAUUGCAGUGAGAUUUGCCGCUCCAAGAGCAAUAUUGAGUUGAGACGACGAAAGUCCCGCGAGCGCUACGAAAGCUCCAGUGAGUGGGAUGAUGAUGCGGACGACGGGACAGAGGAUUCCUGUGAGAAUUGUUGCUAUCAUAAGCGCCAAAAGCAGCGUGUAGUCCAUAGAAAACGUUGCACUUCCAUGCGACGUUCCAAGGAUAUGUCCGAGAGCGAUGAAGAACAUUUUGAUAAUGGACCCAAAGCUAAGGUCAAUUUAUCACCGGGCAAGGAACACGAAGUACCCAUUGAGCCCGAACGUGAAAGUUUGGGCACUAAAACUUCCCAGAGCCGCCCUCCAUCCGCCACCAAGGACAACUUGCCGCCACCUGUGUCCACUAAUAAGGAGGGAACAUUUAUUAAGUCUCCAUCAGAAAGCGCCAAAAGUAAAAAGGCAAUUGAACAGCUAGAGCUGGAUAACGUGCAAAAUAUCGAAAACCAUGCCGUCGAGCUUACGGAUGAGGAGCACGAAACAGUCAAGUCUGUUGUCACACAAGUUGAUGUUCAUCAUGAUGCUGAGCAGUUGACCUCCAAGUCAUCCGAAGAUGCUUCUGCAGCGGUCGCAACUGCAGGAGCUGAAAAAGAUGCAAGUAGUGCUGAUACCAAGCUGGAGCUUAGCGAAGAAGAAACCAAAGAGCUGUCCAAGGAAGUUGAGCGGGUCAUAAAAAUAGCAGCGACGGCUCUCAGUAGUGAGUCAAAGAGCUCAACAGAGGAGGCUGGCGACACAAAGCGGGAAAAUGUGGAGCAAGAAGAUGUGAAUACCCAGCAAAAUGUUGAGCCAUCUGAGGUGGAGAAAGUAGAAACAAAAGAACCCGUUGUAGCUAUAGCUCCAACAGUGCAGAAGUCAAAAGCCGACCCUAUUGCUGCAGUUGAAGGGUCUUCUGCUGACAAGAAACGAGAGCAGCCCUCUGCAUCGACCACUGAGCCCAAAAAUGAAACUCCAACCAAACCACAAGCUGAGCCAAAAACCGCGCAGCAGAAGCCGCCAACCGCACUGAAGCAGCAACAACAACAACCACAACGUGAACAGGAAUCAAGGCGCUCAUUCACUCUGCUGCCAUCCGAUUCGGCUGAUGAUGAGCCAAUUUUAGGCCCCGCUGUCGCAGCCACUUCUGCUGGCGAUGAGCCCGAACGAAAAUCAAGCUUCCAAGUGCUGAAGAGCGAUGAUUCCAUGGGUGAAUUGAAUGAAUCACAGCUCGCACCAGACGUCGCCUACAGCAGUAGCCAAUCCAAAGUCUUUCAAAUUGUGCAGGACGGCUCCACAGCGUCCAAGCUGCCCUCUGGAACGGACACAAAUAAGCCUGAUUAUGAUUACGAACACUACGAAGACGACUAUGAUGAUAACGAUGAUGUGGAUAAUAUUGAUCCGGAACAUGAUAGUGCAUUACGUCGUUUCCUAAGCAGCGGUAAUCGUCAGGGUGUAAGCAAUGUCAACGAUAAUGUUGAUCCCGAUGUCAAUGCAGUCGCUGGUUUCCAUGAGCUGGGCAAUGGGCGCAAGCGUAGACUCAAAAAGCGCGUGCGCAGCGGCACAAAAACGCGCAACAAUUGGAAAAAUGCACAGGAUGCACGAAAUUCCAAUAUUAGCAACACAGUGGCCAGCACUGCCAAGGAUCACGACUCGGGAUUCGAGCCAAGUCCACGUGCGGAGCGCACCAAAAUACCGACGCCACGCAACAUCUACACGGCCAUGCCGAGACGACCCAUUUAUGCCACUCUAGAUGGACGCUCCUGCAGCAGCCGUCUGGAGAACCGCAAGCCCGGCGACAAGGGAGCUUGCGACAUGGCCGCUGUGACGCGUUCCAUACAGCGGAAUAUUCGAAGAUAUUAUAUGGAACGCAAAAUCUUCCAGCAUUUGCUGGAACUGAAGUCGCUGCAAAUUCGCUCCAAUAAGCUGAACGAGGCGGUGCUGGUGAAGCGUGCAGUGGACGACUACCACAAGUCUUGUGUGCUCCUGGGGGGCGAGACGGGAACGCGGUUGCGACGCUACAACUUCAGCGAGUAUACGUUCAAGAACUUCGAGCUCUUUCUGUAUGAGACGCUAAAGGGCCUACAGAAGCCGGGCACCUACAAUUUCCAAAACAUCAAUGAAGUAUACGAGGAGGCGGAGCGACGACUGAGCCCCGAUUACAAUGCCUAUGAGAAGGCGCUGCAGUGCACGACGAAGACGCAUCGCUGCCUACAUGCCGCACAUGCCUACACGGGAAUUCCUUGUGCCGCCUACAUUCCCAUGAUGAAUCACCACACGAUGCCGAAAUUUGGCUUCGGACCCUACAAGAAAAGCGGCAGUGUGAGCAGUUUCUAUCUGCCAAAAAUUCUUACCAGUGGGAGUGGCGGUGCGGGACAGGCACGUGCGACCAGCGGCAAGGUCGGCGGUGCACGCAGUGGUGGCUGCAACCACAAAGUUGCCCUCGAGCUGUCGCAUGGCAAGAGUAAACAACUAAUUUCACUGCCAGCGGAAAAGUUGGACAGCAAUAAACGUUACUAUGUGACAUUUACGGUUAAGGAAUCCUCGGCGGCUGGCAGUGCAUGUGAGGCGCAUAAGCAACAACACCAACCGCAAGAACAACAGGGCACUAAGGCCGAGAGUAACUAA